GCGGCGGAGGAGCGCGAGACGGUGGAGCAGGUGCGCGUGCGAAACACUCAGGGAUUCUCCGCUUUAUAUGGACUUUAUUCCUGCAGACUCCUGGGGUUAGAUCUGCAGGAAAGUGGGUUCUUAUUGCUAGCAGUGCUAAGAGGAUAUCAUCACCAUGAAUGCAGGUAGUGAAAAUCAUUCUUCAGACUCUGAUGGUUGGAGGUCACGCAGUGUUACAGAAGGAUUCAGAAAUGGUGAUGAAAUCAGCUCGACUCUUACCAGAGGUUACCGGGGUAGCCGUCCCACCCUGCAGGACAAGAGCGGUCCUGUCGCGGUCCCACUCCCGCCCCCUCGGAGAGAGAGCUAUCACAUGACCCCUAACCCUCCGUCAUACAGCUCCCUUGUUCCAUCCGACUCUUAUUCCAUCAAAUCCAGCUCCUCGUCCCAUCACUCAUACUCCACUCGCACCUUCACCACCUCUGACCUGUCCUCAGAGGCUAACGCUAAUGCUAACAACUUCAUUAGUCAAAUACUGGAACGCAAAGUCUCAUCUCUCAAACUUGCUAGCGAAGGAUCAGACUCGAAUUCGGUUAGCUACCCUGGCACUAACCAGACUAACGUAAAGAUAACGAGCGAGAAUGUGGCUAACGCUAACACUGAGAAAGCUGUAUCUGGUAGCCCUCCAUCCCCUCCACCACGUACCCACUCAACAUCCUCCAUUACCACCCACACAGCCUCUCUCUCCAUCAACAUAGCUCCCAAAGGUACAGAACACCACCCCAAAUCUGUAGCCCAACCAGGAUCCAGAUCUGAACAACAGGACCAUGGUGCCUUCAUGCCAAGCCCCCCGGUGCCACCCAGACCAGCAGGCAUUACAGUGCGUGAUGUGUCCCCGCCGAGAGGGAGCACCGCUUUUGGGUCAUCCUGUGAACGUUUGAGGCAGGAGUCGCCUGACUUUCUGUCCGGGGCGAACGUUCCGUCACGGUCCUUGUCCGUGCUAAGCCAGUUUUCAUCAUCGACCGCCGUCCUGGAGGAGCUACAGAUCUGCAGCGUGGACUCCCCAGAAGCCACGCCCACCCCCUCACCCACACUCAGCCACGCCUCUGUUGCCCCUGAUGACGUCCCCACCCCCACUGCUUCAACAACCGCUGCUGGCACUUAUGGUCAGAUGGCGGUGAAUGGAAGUGCCCACGCUCAGAGGUCAUUUUCUCCUCCUGCACCGCGUCCUCCUCCACCCGUCUUCAGUCCAGCACUAGAGCAGAUCCAGCAGAUGAGACACUCAGAAGGCUCAGAGAUGCUGCAGACACAGACCGUAGCAGUAGGACAGACGGUUCUUCGCAGUACCACGCCGAUCGCUCGCUUUUCAGAGGAGGAGAAGAAAGUCUCUGUGAUCAGAGCGCCACAUUACGAGGGCAUUGGGCCUGUAGAUGAGUCGGGCAUCCCUCUCGCCAUCCGCACAACUGUAGACAGACCUAAGGACUGGUACAAGACUAUGUUUAAGCAGAUUCAUACGGUGCAUAAACCAGAUGAUGAUUAUGCCUAUGCAGAUGCUUACAGCGGCAACUACACAGUCAUGAAUAACGAAAACUACGACCCCGUCCAUGCUCACCCGCCGCCACAGACACACACUUAUCGACCGCUGUCCCGAAAUGCCAGCGAACCAGGAAGAGCCCCAACCCCUCAGGAGGCGAGCCCCGUCCCUCCUCCACCGCCACCCAUGCCCUCGCUCCUGCAGCUACGCUCUCGAGACCUGGACCGGGACAAAGAGCAGCCACAUGAUCCGAACGAGUGGAGCCCUGAGGAUCGUAAAGUGGACACCCGACGGUAUCGAGCCGAGCCGCGCAGUAUCUUUGAGUAUGAGCCGGGUAAAUCUUCCGUCCUGGAGCACGAAAGACCGCCUCCUAAAAAGAGGCUGGAUUACACACCUGAGUGCUCCACCCACCCCCGUGCACAGACAUCUCUCUACCUCGCGCCCUCCGAGAGGCCGGACAGCACCUCUAGUGACUACAGGAAGAGACGGAAGUCAGAGCCGACCGUCACUCAGCAGAAUUCAGGAAACGAGAAUGCAGGUCCGGCCCUGAGACUCGAGCCCUACAAAGCCAACACGCUGAAGAAAUCUGCCAUAUGUUCAUCACCUUCAUCCCCUGCUAAAAUAAAAGUCGGGGGCGCUGUUGAGUCCCUCUCUCCAUCAAUAAGCUCCUCAGGUAUGGAGCAUGUGUCCUCCCAGUUCUCCUCAGACUCUCUCUCCAUUUCUACGUCAACGUUGCGCAGCUCCAAGCAAUCUAUAAGCUUUAAAAAUGGUUGGCAGGUGUCCCAAAAGGACAGUGCCGAUACCUGGAGCAGCGUGGAGGACGAGGAAGGCGCGGAUACCUCACCACGCCUCAAAUCUCGCAGCUGCGAUGACUUGCUCUCCGACGGCAACGUCGGAAUGAACGGUAAUCAUUCGGAGAGCGGCGGGUCGCCGCUCGGCGAAGGUAACAAGCAACACAAGCAGCCGCAGACGAAAAGUCUUAAUUCGUCCCCCAGGGCGUGCCGACGUCGCCGCAAGAUGGCCCACGACACCCCAGGAUUCCUGCAGCUUUACAAAACUAUGCACCACAUCGACCGAGAGCAGCUGCUUCCCUCUGAGGUCAUCUGCUCCGUCCGAGCCCGCAUCCUCGAACUGGAGCGCCAACAGCAGCAGCAGAGGAAAAGCCUGCUCGCGUGGUCACCCUUAGGCCACGAGGUACCACAGCGCAUGGUACCCAACCGAAUUUCAGAAUACGAGCAACUAAUCCAGAAGUCCAAGUCCAUGCCAGAUCUUGGCGAGGAAAACACACCAUCAGGCACCACGACACCGGGGUCCUCGAAAGGUAGCCACUGUCCCAAACGACGCUUCUCAGUGGAGUCACUUCUGGAGGAUGAAGACCCUAUUCCAAACCCUCCAGAAAGUGCUAGAAGUCCUCCAGAAGGUCAACCACGUGCAGAAAACCGCAGCCUGGUUCCGGUGGUCAGGCAGAACCAGCACCUGCAGCAGGACUUUUCAGACAGUGAGAUGGACGCUUGCGCAUCAGAAUUGAGCGACUUCAUUCAGAUCGAGAGGUCCUCAAUUUGCAGCGAGAGUGACCUGGACCACUGCUCGUUAGCCUCGUCGGAGAGCUUCUGUGGCUCUGUACACCACCACCACCACCAUUACCACAACGGACGGCGUCACAACAGUCAUCACCACCAUCUCCAUCAGAGUCUCGGCCAGAGUCAAGGGUACCAUCACCGCCACCUGAUCAGCUCCUGCAAGGGGCGCUGCCCGGCCUCCUACACUCGUUUCACGACCAUGCUGAAGCACGAGCGGGCACAACAGGAAGGCCGCACCUCCAUCACGCCUCCAUUGGGACAGCAGUCAGGCAGCGAAGCAGGCCUUUCCAAACUGGCCUUCCUGGUCAGCCCGGUGCCUUUCCGCAAGAAGCGAGGUUCCUCACCGACUCAGCGGCACCGCAGCCGCUCCAGCCAUCACAAAUCAAAGACAGCCAUGUACGAGGCGUUAGAUGCUGCACUACAGGACAUUUAUAACCACCUAAGGGCUGAGAAAGGGCUCGGAGCCGCGAGGUUACCAGAUGACAGCAUUUUGCGUCGGCUCUUGCAGGAACUGCUCCCGGACGUCCCCGAGAGGAGCUCCUCGCUGCGGGGUCGGUGGAGGACCCACUCCCCGUCCUCCUCCUCUCACCAUUACCAGCCUUACCACAGUGCCUCCUACCAGCAGUCUCACCACGCAGAUGCCUCAAAUAACAACCAGCACACUAAUGCUAGCUCGAAUGCACACUGCUUAUCAGAUCAGGGCUUGGACGCUGGUUGCCUUACACCUCAGAACAGAAGAUCCACACCAGAGCGAGAGGUGUUGUCUAAACAGACGACAUAUCUCAUAUUAUCUUCUCUCCUUCAUCAGAAACAGCAUGCCCGAGCAAUCUAUGAUUUUAAAGCUCAAACCAGCAAAGAGCUGUCGUUUAAGAAAGGUGAUGCAAUCAACAUUAUCAGGCAGAUCGACAGUAACUGGUAUGAAGGAGAGCACAGGGGACACAUUGGGAUAUUCCCCAUCUCCUACGUAGAGAGGGUGGUGUCUCCGGAGAGGAAGCAGCCGGUGCGUCCUCCUCCCCCGGCACAACUCAGAGAGAUCGGAGAGGCUGUGGCACGCUACAACUUCAAUGCCGAUACCAACGUAGAGCUUUCACUCAGAAAGGGAGAGAGGGUGAUCUUGUUGAGGAUGGUGGAUAAAAACUGGUAUGAAGGGAGGAUCCCUGGAUCUAACAAACAGGGGAUUUUCCCCGUCUCAUAUGUCGAUGUCAUCAGGGGAUCCCCUUCCAAGAGUCCCGGUCACCAUCAAGACACAUACAAAGGGCAGAAGAGGAUAAUGCACGAUUCACAGCAUGCAGCUGGAGAGCCGUUCCAGGCUGUGUAUAACUACGUACCUCGCAACGAAGAUGAGCUGGAGCUGCGAGAAGGUGACGUGGUCGAUGUAGUGGAGAAGUGUGAUGAUGGCUGGUUUGUAGGAAAAUCUCGGAGGAGUCGGAUGUUCGGAACGUUCCCAGGAAACUACGUUAAGACUCUUUAAUGAAGAAUACAGCACAACCCAUCGAGACCUGAUGGGGAACUCGACCCUGAGAGUGUGUGAUUGUGUUUGUGCGUGAGUGUGUGUCUGCUUUCCUAUGUGUGUGUGUGUGUCUAUUCUCAUGCAAAAACAAGCUCUCACUAGCCAUUUACACAUUUCCAUUUUCCUCUCAGUUCAAGAUUAGUUUUUCUUUCUGAACGACUGAUUUAGCUGCGCAAGUUGUGAUAUUUUUCAAAAAGCAAUAGUUCAUCUUUGCGGAUAGAAGAGGGGUUCAAUUAGUUUUGGAGAAAGAUGAUGAUAGAAAAGUGACCAUGUGUGACAGAUCACCAUUCAAGACUGUAAUAUUGGAUCGUUUUUGGCUCAGUUUAAUCUGAAUAAUAAUGUAUAUGUUUAAAACUAAAAUCCCAGUAUGGUGGUGCAGCAGGUAAAGGGACCAUCUAGGCUGUUAUCAGUGAAAGGUACCAAAGCCGACAUCUGACACGAAGGCGUAUAUCAGAAUUUCAGAGAGACACAUGCUGCCAUGAGUGUGACAUCUUUUCCCUGGUAGUCUGUCGAUAUUUCAGCAAGACAAUGCCAGGUCUCAUGCUGCACGAACUACACCAGUGUGGCUUCAUAGACAAAGAGUGUUUGUGCCCGACUGUAUGUACUAAAUGUAUGGAUGCAUAAUGAAGAAAGGAAUCAAUUAAAGGCGACUGUGGACUACAGAGCAGCUGAAGCCUUGAAGCAAGAACAAACUAAAAUAACUACAUUAGCAAAAUUUUGUCCUCAUCCUCAUUUUCCAAAUGAUUAAGUGUAUAUAAUAGGAGAAGUGGUAAACAUACACCAACUUUUUUUAGGUUUUUGCAGACAAUUUGUGUUUCUGUUGCAUUUUACAGAAUGCCCCAACUUGUAAGGACAUAGGGUUUAUACUUUGCCUACUAGGGAUUGCAUUGACACAAUUGUUACAAUAAUCUCAAAAUACGAUGCUGAACAACCUUAUUAGGACACUGUUCUUACUACGUCCUAAUAAUCCUUUAACUAUACAUUUUUUCUAACUAAAAAAAGUAGAAAUGUAACCACAAACCACAAUUUUUUUCUACUGUUCUUAGGGAGUUUAAAGCUACGUUAAUUUAGUGGCACCUUAUUUUAUAUUUUUCCUCUUUUUCUCAAAUUUUCCCCGCAAUUUUCUCCCCUAAUCUAGUCGUAUCCAAUUACCUUGAUUGCGUUAUGCUUCACCUCUACCUAUACAACCCUCCACUGCUGACUGAGAAGCUUCACAACUGACACACACACCCCCGACACGUGUGCAGUACCGGCCACCUCUUUUCACCUCCAGAGGUGAGUUCAUAUGCGGAUCAGCCUUGUGCAUGGAGAGCCACACCCUGAUCAGCAUUAUUUCCCAACUCUGCGCAGGUGCCAUCAGUCAGCCAGCAGAGGACGUAAUUGCACCAGUUAGAGAGGAACCCUGGUCCGGCUUUUCCAUCCCUGAAUAACAGCCAAUCGUUGUUCAUGUGGCCGCCCAGCCGGGUGGCAGAGCUAAUAUUCGAUACAAUGUAUUCGAAAUCCCAGCUCUGGUGUGCUAGCAUAUUUUACCGCUGUGCCACCUGAGCGGCCCAACUGUGGAACCUUAUUGUAUUUUUUACAUCAUUUUAGAUUAAAAAACAGUUUGGAUUCAUCCUAAUAAUCCUUUAACUAGUUUUUUUUUCUAAUUAAAAAUAGAAGAAAUUUAACCACAAUCAAAUUUUUAAGUGUUCCCAGUGGGUUUAAAGCUACGUUGACUUACUGGCAUCUUAUUGUAUUUAUUUAUUUAUCAUUUUAGAUUGGGACAUUUUAAAUGUGGUUUAAUAAGUGUAUGGGCUCAUAGCCGAAUACAAGCUAAUAGAGCUAAUCGAAUUCACAAAAUGUGCAGCACAAGCGCAUUCUGAUCAUCGCAGCACAGUGACUCUGUAGCUGUUGCAUGUUCUCUUUUAUUGCUCACAGUUUGAGUGUGUUUAUCUCCGGUCUGUCAAUGCAGAGCGACAAAAUAAAUAACUCUCCAAGCCAGAGCUAGUCUGGCAUUUCAGACAUAUUUAACAUAUGAAACAUCAGCCGUACAUUCAUCAACUGUUUAUGACAAUAAAGCCUCAGGACUGAUGUGUGGGUGAGUCUGUCUUUCCCAGGAGAACUGAUGUUUAAAACCUCCUGUGUACUGUAUGGAUACAUGCUUGUGUUGUGUUGGUGUCACUUUUCAUUUGCAUUUAUAAGUGUUACUAGCCCAGCAGUUGUAAACACAUGAAGGAUGUAAAGAAAUAAGUCGUCAUUAUUUAUCCACCACUACAUGCUGCUUAUAGGAAGUAUUUGUUCUAAAUUAAUCAUAUCCAUGUAAGAUGGAGUGUUAGAGACUGGGUGUAAUGCAACACUGGUGUAUGGUGCAUUCUCAGAAUACAUUGAAUUUAUUUAACAGUUUUUAAAUAAAACCAACAACAUUGAACUAUUUAAUAAUAUAUUUUGGAGACCUGUUAAUAGCUAGCCCUGUCCAGGAAGUACGGUGGCAGAGCCAGCACAUACCCAGUGUUUUUUAUGUAAUUCUAUGGCCACUGUGGUGAAAUCCAAGUGAUUCAGCUAUUUAUAUUUCAUUUACCUUCAUGUAUGAUUAUUGUAAUGCUUGUUAGCAUAUUCAAUGUGAAGCUAAUGUAAUUUAGCUACUAGCUAACUGAGAACAUUGUUGAAAUUCUUGAUAAUUAAAGAGGUUUUAUGAAAAACAAAGGCUUGCUAGCACAUAACUAAUAGUUGUGUGCUACCUCAUGCCCUUUGUUAGCAGCAAUGAUAAUUAAAAGGACUAUUUUAGCUAACUGAAAGCAGUUUUGAUUUCGGGGGGACGACACUCAAAUAUAAAGAUGUUAGAGGUGAUAAAGGGUAACGUUUUUGUAUUGUUACAGAUUUGUGUAUUGCAUGAAUUUGUAUGCAAAACUCUGAACUGUCCUAUUAGCCACGUUUUGUCAGUGUGGCUUUGGUAACCAUGAACAUCACUUUGUAAGAACCAAGUAGCAUUCAUUUAUUUGAUAAGUAAUUAAUAUUAUGCUUGUGUUUGCCUUAACAAAAUGGUUAAAAUAGACCACAUGUAGUCAAUUCAUUACAGUUACUGUGUUAGAGGUGUAGUGACACCCUGCAAUACUCGAGUUAUCUGGUUCUGUACUUGCUUUGUGUUUGUUUUAUCACAUCAUUUCACAUCACUGGUUCUUUUGUAUAUUUACAGGACGUACUUGCUUUAUAAAGUACUUUUGAUCACA